AGAGAGGGUCCGGUAAACAGUUAAUUCCGCAUAGAAAAAGGAAAUUUUCGCAAAGUUUAUUGUCAAUAAAAAUUUAAAUUGAAAUGAUAAGAUUUGGUGAUGUGAAUCCUGAUGAAGAAAUCAUCUACAACAAUAGUAACUGCAAGCUCAAAAUAAAUAGCGGAGAAUUUGCGCGAGGUGCACUUUUAUUAACAUCAAAAGAAAUUUGUUGGAAACGACAAGAUUCUGAAAAUGGUUUCAUGAUACCAUGGGAAAAAAUCACUGUGCAAGCAAUUACUCAACAGCCUCAACGUUGUAUUUAUUUCAUGAUAGAUGUAAGUUGGCCAGAAGGAGAACCUGUUCAUAAUGCUAACGGGCCAAACGGCAAUCAUGCGGAUAAUGAUAAUGAUGAUGAGGCACAAAAUGGAUCUGAAGAUGAAGGAAAUGCUUCGGAGGGAUCAAUACAAGAACUGACAGAAUUUUACGUUGUUCCAGAUGAUGCUAACGAAGUCGAUAACAUUUACUAUGUCAUGUCUAAAUUCCCUGUUGCUGAAGCAAUGGAUGACAGUGACGAUGAUGACUUUUUUGAUGGAGAAAACAUUGAACAAAUGAAUCUGAAUGAAGACGAAGAUAGAUUCGCAGAUGCUGAAUAAAAUCAUUUCCCAUGUAAACUUUUAAAAUUCGUUAUGAUCAAGGUUAAGAUGAUUAAUAAAUAUUUCAAAUAAUAAGCUUCGUUCACUUAAGCAGACUGCAACCUUGGUUAGUAUUUUUUUUGGCGGUAAACUUCAUAGGAGGUGAAAAAAGAUUAUAAUUUAAAAAACCUAUUGAAUGAAAUCAAAUCGAAAAUGGAUAAUAUUCAGGAAGAAAUUCUUGUUGACAUGAUGAAAAAACUUGGAAUGAAGAAAGAUGAUCAAUUAAUAAGAAAAUCCAAAGAGAUUCGUGAUAUUAUUGCAAUUAAAUCAAGUGGGAUGGAAGCAACAGUCAAUGAUAGCGCAAAAACAAUUAUUUGUCUUGAUAUAAGUUGUGAGUUAUUAAAUAUCGCGUUUGAUACAGCCUUGGGAAUAAGAUUAUCAUCAAUAAGAAAAUCAGCGUAUAAUAAAUAUCGCCAGCUGAUGAUGAAACUCAUGAAGUUUAACAAAACUCCGAAUAUAAGUGAUGUUGUAUUGAAAAUGCGGAUUCAAGAUGAAAAUGUCCAAAAGACAGCAAGGAAGAUUUUCGAAACUUUUCAAAAGAAUUCGCCUCACAUUGAUUUAGAUCAUCCACAAUAUGUUCAGAUGAGUGUCUACCAAGCUUGUAAAAUCCACAAAUAUAAAGCAUCGAAAAAGGAUUUCAGAAACGGAAGUAAUUUAAAUGUCACUCAGUGGUCUCAAUUAGAGACUGCUUGGGAUAAAUGGGUUCAUUGCAUUGAGAGUAAAGAGAAGGUUAUUAAACAAACAGCUGAAAACAUCGCUUUGAAAUCAACAGAAGAUCAUCAACCGACGUUAAAACGAAAUCAUGAAAUUGAAGAAGAAGCUGAAAAUUACGAUGUUUGGGCUAAAAGAAUAUUAGACAAAGCUUAUGAGGAAAUGAAAAAAGAGAAACCAAAGCCUUCAAAUUAAUCUUAACUAAUUAAUAAAUUUAAUAAAACAUUUUUUAAUAAAAAGUUUCUCUAUUUUAAUGACAAUUUGAAUAAAAGGGUUGCAGACGC